GUCUUAGCAACAACCAUGACUCAAUCGACAACCAGCACAGGCUCACAGGCGUACACAUCAACGGCGGAGUUCGAAGCCGCAUACAACACACUCCAUGCCACCUAUGCCACCCACAAAACCAAAGACAUCCGCUGGCGCAAAUGGCAGCUCAAGCAACUCUGGUGGCUCAUCGUAGACAACACAGAUGCGAUCUGCGCGGCGCUCCACGCUGACCUUGGCCGCACCGAAGCAGAAGCUCGCAUGUAUGAUAUUGCGGAUGUGAAGAAAGCCAUCAAGGAAUGUCUCGACAACAUUGACGUCUGGGCCAGAGGUCAUGCGGCGGAAGGUGCUGGGUUUCUGAUGGGAAGGCUGGGAGGAGCUUGGGUGAGGAGAGAUCCGUUGGGCGUCUGUCUGAUAAUUGGAGCAUGGAACUUUCCGAUCAUGACCCUGCUGAGCCCACUUUGUCCUGCGAUUGCAGCUGGCAACUGUGUUAUGCUCAAGCCAAGUGAAUUGGCGGGUGCCACGGCUGAACUCAUGGUUGAACUUCUGCCGAAGUACAUGGACAACUCUGCCAUCCGCAUCGCAACGGGUGGUCCGAAAGAAACAGGACUCAUUCUCGAGCGGAAGUGGAAUCACAUCUUCUACACCGGCGGCUCCAGAGUCGGCCGAAUCAUCGCCACGGCUGCGGCAAAGCACCUCACUCCAACAGUGCUCGAGCUGGGAGGCCAAGCGCCUGCCAUAAUCUGCAAGUCCGCCAACGUCGAUCUUGCCGCGAAGCGUAUCGCCAACUUCAAAAUUGCCAAUUUGGGACAAAUCUGCGUGAACGUAAACCACAUCAUCGCCGAUCCGGAAAUAUACGAUGCCUUCCUCGCCCGUCUUCAGCAUUGGCUCGAGCAUUUCCUCAAGGAAGAAGCAGAAAACCCUUGGCUGGCACGCAUUAUUUCACCCGGCCACUACGACCGAAUUCACAGCAUCCUCUCCUCCACCAAAGGCAGAAUUCUCACGACUGGGCCACAUGAGCCCUCUCGCAACUUCGUCCACCCGACGAUCAUCGCAGAUGUGGCCCUCGACGACUCAGUGAUAACGUCGGGAGAACUCUUCGCUCCUUUGAUCCCUGUCAUCAAAGCUGAUCUGUCCACAGCGUUGGCCACUCUCGCUCCUGGCUCGAAGAUGGCUGAUCCUUUAGCUCUGUACAUCUUCUCGAACUCUCAGCCUGAGAUUGACAGCAUCUUGAACCAGACAUCGUCGGGAGGAGUCUCCAUCAACGACCUCGCUGUCCAAUAUGGUGUGCCUGGAGCGCCGUUUGGCGGUGUCGGAGAGAGUGGGAUGGGAGCAUAUCACGGCAAGUGGGGAUUUGAUUCAUUCAGUCACGCACGCCCUGUGGUGAACCUACCGCUAUGGCUGGAAGGAGGAAUGCAGUGGAGAUAUGGCAGGCCAACGAUUGAGAAGCUGUCCAACUUUGAUACGGCCAAGGCGACGUGGAAGAGAGGCGAGACACUGGAACAGCAGAGUUCCGGCCAGAAGGGAUGGUUUGGCUGGUUGUGGUAG